AUGUCGUCCUCGUCGACAUCAUCGCCGCUCGACUUUGGUCUGACCGGUGUGCACGUUCUAGUGUCCGGCGCGUCGGGAGGCAUCGGCUUCGAAACCGCAAAGACCUUUCUCGCUGCGGGCGCCAAAGUGACGGCGCACUACAACACCACGCCUCGUGAGCUCAGCUCCGUCGCCGACGUCGUUGCACUCCAAGCCGAUGUCACGAGCGAAUCCGAUGUCGAGCGACUCUUCGAGGAAGCCGAAGCGAAGCAGGGCGUUCCUGUCCAAGUCCUCGUCGUCAACCACGGCAUCUGGCCCGUCGAAGCGGUCCCUCUCUCGGAUAUGACUCUGUCGCAAUGGCGCAACACGCACGCUGUCAACCUCGACGGCGCCUUCCUCCUCGUCCGCUCCUUCCUCUCCGCUCUCAAGAACAAGUCUGCCGCCGUCACCGACCCCGCGUCCAUUUGCUUCAUCGGCAGCACAGCAGGCAAGUUUGGUGAGCAUGACCACGGCGAUUACGCCUCGACAAAAUCGGCGCUCAUGUACGGCCUCGUGCCCACGCUCAAGAACGAGAUUGUCAGGAUCGCCCCUCGCGGUAGAGUCAACUCGGUCAACCCCGGCUGGGUGUACACGCCUCUGGCAGAGGAGACCAUCAAAGACGAUAAGGUCAGGGCCAGGGCAUUGGCAAGUACCCCGUUGCAGAAGGUGGCCAUGCCCGCCGAUAUCGCUAGACAGGUUCUGGUGCUCUCGAGUCCCAACCUCAGCGGCCAUGUGACGGGCGUCAAUCUGCAGGUAGAUGGUGGUAUGGAGGGUCGAUGCCUCUACCCUCCUCCUGCGUAG